AUGGAGAACAAGGCGCCCGGCACAACGGAACGUCCCGGUGGAUACGCAACAGCGGGUGGGGCGUCCGCGCAUGAGAACUUUUUUCACCCUCGAAAAAAGAUGAAUAAGAGCGUUCAACGUGCAGGUCUACGCUAUUCUCGACGGGUCGCGGUGUGGUUUACAGCAGGCAUUACUCUGUUUCUCGUAAUCCCCAGUUACUUUGGUCCUCUUUAUGUAGAGUAUGUGUCAGGAAAGGAUUGGCUUGAGAGGGCGAAUAAAUCAAUCUGGACGCGGCGGAAUGAGAAGGACUACGAUUUGUACAUGACACAACGCCAAAACGGAUGGCUGGAGUAUCUUGGCUUAAAACAUUAUAACAUCAGCGGUGAGGAGAAUAUAGGUGAGAUUCAAGCAUAUCGGCGUGGAAAACAAUAG